CUUCCUGCAUACCUAUCCAGUUGCUCGUCGCUUUGUGUCCGAGCAAUGCCGCAUGCCAAAGCGCUGUUGUACUGGUCAGCUAUUUUGUCAACAGCAGUGAACUUUCUGAACGUGUUUGCAGAUAGCUGUGCGGACUGCGAUGAUGAUGCAGACAAUGAUGGUAAUAUGUUGCUGCUUCAGGUGGGCCUGCAGUUGAACACGACAAAGAGUCUAGAGAACUUUAGCCUUGAGCCACGGACCUUGCCCGACACCCUUUUGGAAGAGAUUGAUGAUGGAAUCUCCAAUAUGUGGUCUGAAAACCACAUGGACAUCAAGUUUGCUUUCAUCGUGCUCUUGCUCACUGUGGCUGUCACGCUUUGGUUCUUGCGCAGUAGUGCGGACUCAGCCGGACAAGGCGCUCAGAAUCACAGUGACGAGGCUUCUUUCUUCACUUGUUACUUCAUAGUCUUCAUGGAUGCCUUUGGCUUUGGCAUUUUUGCGCCUUUUGUUCCGGUAUUGGCCAAAACCUUUGGCAUGACAGCGCGAAACAUUGCAGGUUUGCUGACUGCUUUCUCCUUUGCGCAAGCCUUCAAUACUCCGCUCUUUGGCUAUGCAUCAGACCGCUUCGGUAGAAGAAAGGUGCUCCUUCUAGCAGUUGCAGGAGAAGCAUGUGCUUAUGCAAGCUUGAGUUGUGCGAGGACUUUUACCGGCUUACUGGUUGGCUACUCACUUGCCGGUGCAUUUUCUGCCACGAUUGGUGUUUGCAAUGCUUACAUCGCCGACCUCACCACGGAGGAGGAACGCCCUGUACGGAUGGCUCAUGUGAAUGGUAGUAUAGCCCUGGGUGUAAUGACCGGCCCCGUGGUGGGAGGCCUCAUCAGCAAUCAAGGCUUCACUGCGGCAUGCCGCGUUUGUGCUCUUUUGGCGGCAUCCAACUUUGCAUUCACGUGCUUCUGUCUUGGAUCGCCUACGGCUUCAACCAAAGCUCCAGACACCACAGAGGAGCGGCCGAGCAUUCCAGGUCUAGCGUGGCUGUUGUGUAUUAGCGCCUUCUUGAGCGAGGCCGGAAUGGCUGCUUGGGAGAGCUGUGCGGCGCUUUACAUCAUGGAUAGUUACUUCUGGCACUAUCCUUCGCCUGCAACUUCAAGCUCUCAGUUUUUUGCGGGCGGCAUGGCGAUGUCUGGCGUGCUUGUGGUCUUCACAACUGUAGCGUUAUUUCCUGCCUGCAUGGAGAUGUUCAAACAAUGGUUCACUGUGGCUAUAAGUGUUGCCUUGCGCCUGGCUGGGUUCGUGGGUAUUGGAUUGGCACCCAACAAAUGGUUGUUCUUGGUGGGACAAGGAAUGACCAAUGUGGGAGACAACUUGGGAGCGCCGAAUGUCACUUCUUUGUUGACAGAAGUUGCUGGACCCUCUGCUUACGGCACCUGUCUAGGUGCGAUGGCUUCCUUCGGCGCCAUGGCGCGUGUGCUGGGGCCCAUCAUUUUUGCUUCGCUCUAUGAGGCUGAACUAGCUUCUUUGAGACGGAAAUGAAAUUAUGCAGGGGGUUGGAAGGAAACGAGUGGACUCAAGGCUCCAUGCCAUGAGGACGUCCAUCAUUCGGCUCCAUGGAUAAGCGUUGCUGUGCUUGGAACACUUUCAGCCAGCAUUUGGUUCUACGUGCGCGCGUCCUAUAGUGAGGACCUCGAGAGAAGGACGCCGAAAAGCACGCCCAAAAACUCGCCAACUGACAUCAAGGGCACGAUCAAAACAGUGAGCUAAACCCCAAAAACGUAGACCCGGCUGCUGGACUUGGGGGCCGCGGGCUCUCCGGGAGAGGAAGUGAUUUCAUUGCCUUCUCUGUCCGUCCGAAUGAUUGUCCAAAUCAAUCCUUGAGUGGAUAAAUCUGCAGAUCUUGGAUCCGGAACCCAGAAUUGCGAGAACUGAGAACUCAAAAGUUGCGACCUGAAUGGAAAGCGCCGGGUCUUUGGGUCUACGGUGACAUGCUGGAAGUUUCGGUACGACCAAAAAAUUGGAGACCGCUAGGGCCCCCCAAUUCUGAAAGCGUGCCAUUCUUUCCGGGUUGCCGG